AUGGAAAAUCUCCUUUGCGCUCUCAAGGAGAUGCGAAGCGUAUUGUCGUCCCAGAAAUCUUCCACUUCACAGAAUCUUUGGGUAGACAGUAUCUGCAUCGACCAGGCCAGUAUCGAAGAGCGUGCCAUACAAGUCGGUCUCAUGGGUCAGAUCUACUCCAACGCCUCAACCGUACGCGUGUGGAUAGGAUUACCCGGCUUCACCGACAUCAGAGCGGCAUUUGGCUUUAUCGACAAUACUCUUCGCGCCGGUUAUAACAAGCCAAUGGUCGUGAGCAACAUACGCCCCGAUAUCAAAGCAGUCACAGAAUUACUGAGUCGAUCGUAUUGGAACCGCAUGUGGGUUUUCCAGGAAAUUGUCCUGGCUCAGCAAGUGGUGGUGCACUGUGGUGCACAUUCCAAACCGUGGGAGGAAUUCGAAGAAUUUGACGCCAUCUACGGAAGCCGCGCCGCCUGGAAUAUGACCGGAGGGCAGCACGAGGAGUCCCUUGAGUUACGCAAUGCACUGUUCAAAAUCGCACAUCUGUUCGUUUCGCGGGCGCAGGCUACUCAUUUCCGCAAUGUUGUCCUGCCGACGAGACACUUGCAAUGUCAAGAUCCUAAGACAAGCUCUACGCACUUUUAG